AUGGCUACCACCAACAGCACUAGCGUGAGUUUGAAGCUUCUGAUUGACACAAAAAGCCACAAAGUUCUGUUUGCUGAAGCAAGCAAGGAAGUUGUUGAUUUCCUUUUCAGUUUUCUGUCUUUGCAUGUUGCAACUGUUACUAGGCUCCUCUCAACUGAUGGUAUGGUUGGUUGCUUAGGCAACCUUUACCAGAGUGCCGAAAGUCUUAGUGUCAAUUCAUACUUGCCACUCAAUCUUAAGGACACCCUGCUCAAACCCAAAACAACAAUUUCUGCGGCCAACAUCCUUCAAUUGCCAUUGCCGACCAACAAUGAUUCGAAUCUUUCUAAAUUGUUCUACAUUUGUGUGAGGUGCAGUAACCGUAUUUCUGAGAGCUAUGAAAUUCCUUGUCCACAGUGCAGAUCAUGUAACAUUUCCACCCCGGUGUCUUAUGUUUCGCCAUCUGCUCCUACUGGAGCAACCUCCAGCAAUAUUAAGGCAGGCUAUGUCAAGGGUGGUGUCAUUUACAUGAUAAUGGAUAAUUUGGAAGUGAAGCCAAUGACCACCGAAUCAAGUGUUGCAGUGCUUCAAAAGUUCAAUGUGAAAGGGAUUGAUGCUCUUCAAGUUAAGGAGGUUGAUCUUGGCAUGAAAGAGGUUUAUUGUCCUAUACAUUUCUCUAACUCUUUAUCAGUGGCUUGUUGA